AAGACCAUGUGAACAUGUUACCCCGUCUACUUCACAUGAAACAACAAAAAGACGAAAACAGAAGUGUCCUAGCCCAGAGAAGAUGGGUGAUGUGACACGGAAUAUCAGAUUGGCCAAAAUAAUCAUGACGAAAGUUAAAUAUAAACUCAGAAAUGAAUUUGAAAACAGUUCCACCGAGAAUCUUACUCAAUAUAUCAGGAAAAGUAUUUCAAAAUUGGAUGAAGGUAUAAAAAAGAAAACUACUGUGGGAGUGUUUGGGAAGACUGGAGCUGGAAAGAGCUCACUGAUCAACGCUGUUCUGGGGGAAAGAUACCUGCUGCCAUCAGGAACCAUUUGUGCCUGUACAUCAGUCAUCAUACAGGUGGAAGCCAAUGUGACAGACUCCAACUACAUAGCUGAAAUUGAAUUCAUCUCAAAACAGGAGUGGGAAGAUGAACUUGAGACACUUUUGAAAGUUUUACCUAAGGAUGGGGAGGAGAGCGACUAUGAAAUCUUCAGUACAGCAAAUGACAAGAUUACAGCACUGUAUGGAGAGGAAGGUGUUUUUAUGACCAAAGAAUACCUCAUGAACGAUGAGCGGUUCUCAGAAAUUCCUGAAUUUCUCACAUGCCAAACAAAAAAUAUAACAUGCAAGGAUGCCUCAGAGCUCUCGGGUAUAAUUGCUUCUUAUGUUCAGCAUGACGAUUCGAGCCCUGGAGGAUGUUACUGGCCAGUAGUGAGGAGUGUGACCAUCAAGAUUCCAAACUGUAAAGAUUUUCUGGAGCAUGUUAUGUUAGUAGAUCUCCCUGGAACUGGAGACUGCAACAAGAGCAGAGAUCAGAUGUGGAGAUCGAAACUGAGAGAUUGUUCUACAGUAUGGAUUGUAAGUGAAAUAACUCGUGCUGGUUCUGAAAAGGAGGCCUGGGAAAUUCUGUCCACCAGUGUAAGAGACAUGGCACAAGGUGGACAGUGCAGCAGUAUUUCAUUUAUCUGCACCAAGACUGAUGACAUCAACCCUCAGAACUACAUGAGAUCUGCUAAGCUCAUAGAUGAAGACUUUCAUAUCACAUCAGAGGACCCUCAGUGCACCAAUAAGAGAAAAAUUGCAUGCAUAAAACACAGAAAUAACAAAGCUAAGGAAAAAGUGAGGAAGAAUUUUAAUCAGCAAGACACAAUAAAGAAAAACUUCAAUUGUCAUGACAAAUUCCUUUCUGUGUUCACCGUGAGUUCUGAAGAAUUCAUCAAAGAAAGUCCACUGUUGAAACCAGAGGAUACAGAGAUCCCUAAACUCAAGAACCUCCUGAGGAUGUACAAUGAUAGUCACACAAAUGAAACAGCAAAUCUCUACGUCUCCGGCGCACUUGGAAUCCUCUCCCUGAUUGAAGGAUUUAAGGACACCAACACUGAUAUGGCAAAGAGAUUCAGUUUGUACAAGAAGCUGAAGAUAAAUCUUCAGGAUGCAGAUCAACACAUGCAGGAAUAUUACAUGAAUGUUUACCACUCUCUAAAAGAACAUCUUUCAAAUGGAACAACAGAAUCUGAAGGAAACUGUAUUGAAAAUGCAAAAACAGUAAUAGCACCAAAAGGAAAGGAUGGUCGUGGAUUUCACGGAACCCUAACGGCAUUGUGCAAGAAUGAUGGAUACUACAGGUCUAGGACUGGAGAACUAGAUCUCAAUGGAUGCUUGGUCAAAUGCAUGUACAACCACAUUGAUAAAGAAUUCAGUGACUUCUUCUCGGGCCUCCAGGGGGAUGUAACUGAUGUAACUGAGAAGUCCCUGCAAGCAAACAUUAACAGGUUUACUAUAAUCACAGAUGACUUGUUGCAUAGCUAUGAAAAUUCUCCAGUGCUGAUCCACAUGUUGAAAUUCCUUAAAACUGAGGAAAAGAACAAGAUACUGAUGCUUAAACCACAUAUUCUUCAGCAAAAAAAGAAGAUAUAUGCUUCCCUUGCUGAGUCCAUUAAAAGGUCAAUGCAGCCUUGCUAUCAGAGAGCUGCUAAAGAUUUUGGACCAGGCUCAAUGAAGAGGAAGCAGGCCGUCCUGUUGGAGCACAUUGAGUCAUCAAGAAGCACAAUGUUCAAGGACGCACAGGAGCACAUGCUUAAAACAUUUGAUGAUGAGAUGAAUGAAACCUUCAUGGAGAUAAAAGCAAGGCUAAAUGAAGCAAUGGAGCAUUCACUCAGUAAUGUAAACACCUUGCCUCGCAUGGAUGUCUGUGAAGAGAUACACCAGCUGAAAAAGUUAAUUACUCAUGUAUAUGACUAG